AUGGUGUUGAUUAGUGAAAUAAUAUUUUUGUGUCACUACUUUCUACCAUAUUCAUACAUCUGUCUUCUUUUCUUCUUUUUAGAGAAAGGCCUCUCCUUGCUGGGCUACCACUUGUGCAAUUUCACAGUUACUAAAUAUGUGGACAAAGUGGUUGCCUACCGAAAGUCAUAUGAGGAGCAAACACCAUGUGGAGGAUGGAUUCCCUGGAGGCAGUGCACCAAAACCUUUUACAAAGAGGAGUAUCACCCCAUCACAAUCUCAGAGAGUGUGAAUCUGACAGAUUGUUGUACUGGGUAUGAGCAAGUCGGCCUGUACUGUUCCUUACCUCUAAACAGAUCCAGUGAAUUUGCCUCAAGGCCUGGUGCCUGUCCAGAAAAGGCAGUGGAAGCAUUAGAUAUUUCAUGUAUGUUUGACUUGGAUUGUCCGGAACAUAAAAAGUGCUGUGAGACAUCUAAAGGAAUUGGUUGUUCCAAUCCUGUCCCUGAAGGUACAGUAUUGACCACUGUUUCCUUUCAUUCUAUUUUAGAGGGAAAUUUGACAAAACACUGGUACAAUGUGUCUGUCCUGGUGAAAAUGGAUUUUUAUGAAUUAAGCAAAGUUGAUCCAAGACUUCUCAGCCAUUAUCGCCUUCUACAUUCAAUGAUUAGUGGGGCAUUAUGGCGCUUUAAUGCGAAGAUGUACCAUAUCCAGACUAUGCAGGCAGAACCCUAUAUGGAGACAGUGGUUUCUCAGGUCCUGGUGGGGCUACAAGAGUUUGUUCCACUGGUGAACAUUUCUUUAUUGUUGAAGGAUAUUGUGAUGCGAGUAUCUGAAGUUAUUGACAUAGUUGUACAAGGUUAUUAUUUCAAAUAUUUCAAUGUAACCGAUUUUGACCCAGGUUCAUCAGAAGUUCUGCUUCAGAAUAGAAAUUCUGUUUUGGUGCAAAAUUUAACAUCUGAAUUACAAGAAACUGGCAGACCAUUAGAAUCGGAAUGCUAUCUUCUCCCCAUCAGAAAUCAUAUAAUCUGCAGCAUAACCAACAGCAGUUUUGAAAUGUCUUGGAAUGUAAAUUCUAUGCAGAACCAUUCUUUCCAAGUCGAAGUAUACAAAGACAAGAAACUAAUUCAAAUAAUUGAAACCAUGGAUAUGAAAUUAGAGGUGUCAAACUUAGAAACUGGUGUGAUGUACACAGCAAAAGUCAGUUAUGAAGUCUGCAGCAAACAAAUUUUAUCUUACAAGAAUGUGAGGACAGAUGCCUUGAUAUUUGGUGUAACACUAAGGAUCUUGAACUAUAACUUCACGAGCCAGCUCCUCAACACUAGCAGCGCAGAAUAUGAGGCAUUUUCUAGUAUUUUGAUGACUGAGAUUAGAAAUUCAUUCUCCUCCAGUAUAUCAGCAUUAUAUAAAAAGGGGAUACUGAAAAUGCAUGUACACUCUCUUGAAGCUGGUAGUAUCAUUGUGAGGCUUAAAAUCGUAAUAGGAGACCUGCAAUUUCCUAGAGACUUAUCUGCAUUUGAUCCAAUGAUGUCAUCACUGUCCCAAAGUCACGUGUUCCUCCUUGACCCCAAGAACUCUGUAGUAGAAGGUAGGCUGUUUAAUUUAAUAGCUAACUGGAAUGAAUGUGCAUCUAGAGCAGAGAAUGAUUGCUAUAUGUUUGCAGAAUGCAUCAAUACAAUAGGCUCAUAUAUAUGCAGAUGCAAGACAACAACAGACGCCAAUCCACUCCGACCUGGGAGAAACUGUGAGGGUGAAAUUGUGGAUCCCACUACCGAAAUGGUACCUACACCAGAAGCAAUUGGUAUAGAAGGACUGCCCGUGACAAAUGCCACUCUUCUAUUUGCUGCUAAAUCUACUGAAGCAAUAACAGUGUCUUUAAGAGGAACCCAAAAGCCAAGUACUCUUCCAACAGUCCAAAAAAUGCCAGCUUCUCAGAGAAAAAGCACCUUAGACCUUAUUAGAGAUAAUGAUACCUUGAGUACCUCAGAAACAGCUGAUCCAGUGAUGACAAUUUGGGACAAUGUCAGUACAUCAAAUGGAAACUUAGCUGAGGCACUAUUAAUACAAAAAGAGCAGAACUAUUCAUUGUCCAUGUUACCUGGAGAUUCAAACACUACCAUUUAUCCUUUUGUGAUAAAUGGAUCUGGAGAAGAGACACGGCCGAUUGACGUCUUAACUAGCAGAAAUUCCCAGGAAGAUCCAGUCCUGAAUAUAACAGAACAUCUUGUUCUGAACCACAGCCUUGAUCAAGAGGUGGGGAAAGAUAACAGAUCGUGGCCAGAUGAAAAACUAGCCAAAAUGCUACUCCCUCCUCUGUCUUCCUCCAUGGAGCAUUCACAUUAUGCUCUUGCUACUGACAGUGCUGUGUCUCUUCAAGCUGGAAAAAUAGUUUUUUCCAAUAUAACCAGCACCAGCUUUCAUAUUGCCUGGACCACAAGUUUUCCACUGAAUUCUGCUUUCCAGUUUUCAGUCUUUGAGGGAAAGCAUCUUCUACGAGAUGUUAAAAUCCAGAGCAGCAACAUGACUUUUUCCCGAUUAAAUCCCGGGAUUUUGUACACUGUUAAAAUUCAGGUGGAGGUUUGUGGAAAGAAAAGUAAAACAAUACAGCGUAAAGUAAAGACAGCUGCCCAGAAAUGUAAUGGGACAGUAAAGAUAUCAAAUAUGAACUAUAGACCAGAGCUCAGCAAUUCAAGUAGUGAAGAAUUCAAAAAUCUUACACAGUUGUUUCUCACUGAGAUACGCACAUCUCUGCCUCAUAACACCCUUCAGAAAAUGGAUGCUGGAAUUAUUAAAAUGUUGAUAAUGAAUAUUUCCAAUGGAAGUAUAGUGAUAAACUUCGCUCUCCUGAUUCCAACAGACAUGGACGCAAACAAUGUUACCUGGUCUUUUCUUGAUGCUUUACAAAACAAUCUCUAUUUGAGAGUUGAUAACAAUAGUCUCUCUAUACAUGGUAAGUUGGUGAUUUAUUCCAUCAAAAUGAUUAGAUCUUUCCUCUUGUCAUCAUUUGUAAAGACUUUAUUAUUUUCACUGAGCUUGUCCUGUUUGUUUCACAAACUAAAACACAUGGUCCACAAUCUCACAGUUAAAAUAUCAGAUUAUGAUGAGUGUGCAAGAGAAGAAACUGAUUGUUCUCCUGAUGCAUCUUGCUAUAAUACUUAUGGCUCAUAUGAAUGCAACUGCAAAGAAGGAUUUAUCAAUGUAAAUGCUGCGAGACCUGGGAGAAUCUGUGAAGGCAAUAUUCUGUUUUCAUUUCAUUCCAGAUCUCAUGUAGUCAUAAAAUUGUUAGAUCACAUUUACUAUGGGCAGAACUCCAGUGCACAUUUAAAAUGUUAUACACAAGGAGAGACUGACUUUGCUUUGCUGGCCUUUAUGGCCUCACCACCUCUCCGUCGCACCAUAGUUUUGCCUUUGACUUAUCCAUAUACUUCAAGUCAUGAACCAUUAUCGUCUUCUGUCUUCACAGCCAGAGGUUUGGAGAAUGCAAGCACAAGCACUACAGUGAAUAAAGCAAUAACAGAACCAAUAGUGAAAGUCCAUAAUUCACCUCAAACCUCAUCCAUGCCGUUUGCUACAUUUUCAAUUAAGAAUGAAGUCCAUGUGUUUUGUGAGCUUGAAAAUUUUUUCAUCACCAUCCGGAAGGACUUCUUGCAGAAACAAUCAAUUCCAGAGUCGUCUUUGUACUUGGGAAGGCCUCACUGCAAUGUAAGCCAAAGUAAUUCCAGUCAUGUUAUGCUUCAGGCUGGGUGGAACGAAUGUGGAACUGAUGUCCAAAGUAAUACAACACAUAUCAUAGUAAAAACAAUUCUCCAAAAUGAUAUGUCUUCUCUGGGUGCUAUCCACCUUUUAAAGGUUGCCAGUCCAAUUCAUUGUGUGUUUCCAAAUGAUCUUUUGACUUCAACUGGAUACACUUCAGAAGGGGUUUAUACUAUAUUUGAAGAUUUGCACGGAUCAGGACAUUUCUUAACGGAAAUGCAGUUGUUCAUUGGAAAUUCUCCAAUUCCCAGAAAUUUCAGCAUAUCUGCUAGUGAUAAUAUAAUGAUUGAAGUGGGAAUUCAGAUAGAAGACAGUAAGCUCAAGGUGGUGGUUGGUAAAUGUUGGGCAACUCCAACUAAUAACUCAAUGGAUCAUCUAUCAUUUCCUUUUAUACAUGACAGCUGUCCAGUUCCAAAUGCUCACACCACCAUGAUUUCAAAUGGGAUAUCUAGAAAAGCUCAGUUUAAGAUGAAAAUCUUUUCCUUUGUGAAUGAUUCAGUGGUUUACUUACACUGCAAAAUCCAUGUUUGUGUGGAAACACCUGGGACAACUUGUAAGACGAGCUGCAGUGGUUUCCGUUCUCAAAGGAGUGGGGAAACUAUUGCAAUGCCCAGGACAUCUUGGGGACCUCUACGCAGAUCCAGUGAUGAUUUAAAAGAAGAUAAAGUGCCUGGUUUAGGAACAGGGUAUAUAAUACUAAUUGUGCUUGGUAUAUUUGUUCUUGCACUGGGAACCAUAGGAUUUUUGGUUGGCCGACACCUACAGAAGGCUGGCACUUACAACUUCAAAAUUAAGUCUGACUAUUUUAACUACCAAGUGUUCUGUGACUGAACAUUUCAAUGUUGAUACAUGUAAGUUCUGUUGUUCACUAACUUAUUGUGAACCCUUAUACAAUUCUUUUAAAUGAACUUUUAGAAGUUUGCCAUAUAGUGGUUGUGUGAAUCAUAAAUAUUAUUGCUGUAUAGUUCUUUCUGCAAGCAGUAUAUACAUUAAAGGUUACCUACAUAGCAAAAGUCAUAUUUAUCAGUUAGUUCCAUCAGAGCAUUAAUAUAUAACCCAGAGUGGACUGUUAGAUGGUGUUUGGUGACAGUGCUCUUGCACUGAAUAAACCAACCAAAUAACACCAAAUAACUUUUCAUAACUUCUUUUUCCAAUUUACUCCAAGACUAAAGGAUACAUAGAAGAAGAGUGGACUCAGAAGAUGGACUGGGGCUUAGAAAUGUGGCUGAGACAUAUUGGGGCACAUCUACAUGGGCCACAAAAUUCAGGGCUGGUCCGAAGCAUCGUUGCUUCAAACCAGCCCCAGAUUCUACCAAAGUGUUUACACCUUUCUGCUCUGUAGUGGUAGGAGCACAAUAUAAGUAGGCCGCAAGUUACAAACAUCUGACUUACAUACAAGCCCUAAUUACAAGUGGGAGUAGGACAAAAGGAAGUGAGAAGAAAUCUACCUCUAGGAAGGAAAAUUUGCUCCUAUAAGAGUUAUCAUGGGGUAAUGUGGCUGGGAUGUCUUGGGGCCCAUCUACAUGGGCCACAAAUUUCAGGACUGGUCGGAAGCAUUGUUGCUUUGAACCAGCCCCAAAUUCUACCAAGGUGUUUACACCUUUCUGCUCUGAAACCUACCUCUAGGAAGGAAAAUCAUGGGGGAAAGGUGUUUCCACUGAAGCUUUAAUAUGAAUACUUGUUUCCAUGACAACCAAUUUUUUUUCAAAAUCCAAUUAUUACAGGGAUAGAAAGUGAAGUGAAAUCCUCUCGACAGAGGCACAGACAGCAAAAAAAAUUACAGGAAUGUUCACCUUUCCUUAUGCUACAAAACUAAAAAAGUGCAGUUAUAUUUUAAAAAAUGUAUUUGUUUCUGGCUUAUAUACAAAUCCUACCUUGUAUGUAGCCGGGGACUGCCUUUACUGUCUGUCCAGAUAAGCCAAACUUGAUUGGCUCUACUUGACAAUCACCCUUACCUUUAUUACGUUAGCAAAGGUGUCCAUGCAACAGCCAGGAGUUCUCAGAGCUCUGUGGCCGCCACUGUGACAAACAACAACAAAGGAAAAUGUGGAGAAAAUGGGUGGCACUGGGCUAUAUGAAUUGUGGGAGAAGUUCCAAAUCAGAACUGAUCCAGCUGUUCACACCAACCCCAAAGUGCUGGGCUGCUGUGGAGCUUUCCCAACACAGAUAAAAUUGUGUUAAUUGGUUUUAACCCAUGUUAGGAGCCAGAAGCUCCGGAAUGCUGUCUUGAUGCCCAGGAGCACCUUCUGGCCCACUUCAGUGUAUGUAGCCAGUGUUGGCAGUUGCUUGGUGGAAGGUGGAAAAGGGGGUUAAGGCCAGCCAAGUUCCUGAAGAAGUGGCUCAUUAUUUCCAACAAUUGCAGACUGGCACACAACUUUAGUAAACAAGCAAAAGUGCCCACUGCUGCUGCCAAUUGCCUUGCCCCUGGUGGCCAGGGAUUUCUGAUGCCUUUACUGCUGCCCUACACUCAAGUCUCCAUAAGGGACUUCAGCAUCUACAGUUUUUGAUAUUUGUAGGGUAUCCUGGAACCAAUUUCAUGCAGAUACCAAGGAUGCACUGUAAUCAAAGUUAUCAUUAUAUUCUCUUGGUAUUCAAGAUGGAAACAUUCUACAAAAUAUAAUAUUGUUCCACUUGAUGCUGGACAUGAUGUACCUGACCAAAUUUAACAAACACAAACAUGAUGCUCAAAUUAAUGUUCUACUUUCUUCAUAUAUCCUCAAAGAACUUCUCAUUAGAUUCACUUGUUAUUUCAAAGCUCUUUAGGGUUCUUGCAGCCUUUCAGAAAAAGAAAAAAAUUCUACCAAUUUUACAGUUGAGAUUAUUUUUUUCCCACAUGCCCAAAAUACCAUUGUUGUUGACAUCACAUGUUCUUGAAAGGCAGGAUGCAUCAAUCAGUAUAAAGAAACAACUUAAGAGAGUUGCUCAAUAAGUCUUUCGUUAUGAUUUUCCAGUCAGGCAAUUACGGGAAUAAAGAAUUGCCAUUUUCAUGCAGAUCUGCUAAGUGCACAAUAUGAGUGCUGGAUUAUUGUCAAGGAAAGCAUUUUGAAGUAGUUAAAAUCAAGAGAAGCUUUGAAAAAUAUAUUUAUCAUGUGAUGUGAUGAAAAGCUGUGAAAGGAAAGAGGCAUUUAUGCAAUUGCUUCCGCCAUGACAGGAUAAAAGGAAAUCUGAGAUAAAAAAGUUGAGUCUGACUAAGUACCCUUACAGUUUUUAAUUUUUCAUUACAAUGCAUGUGGCCCUCGAUGGAAAGUGUCCUACUUUUUAAAAGCAAACGCCCUUGAGAACUUGUUUAAACUUGAAUUACAAUGGGUCAUAGGCUACACAGGAAACUUUAGAGUUUCUAGCUUUGGGGAAAAGACACUGCACAGAUACAUUAUCUACAUGAGCAAACAGACACAGCAUGCAAGAAAAGAAAUUGUGCUUAUAGGAAAGCAAAAGGGUAAGGUGGAAUGCUGUACCUAAAGAGUAAAAGGCUGGUAAUUCCAGUAUAUAUGUCAGUGUAGAUGGGUCCCAAGUCUUAGCUUCCAAAGUCAGACAAAACCGGGAAUAUUUAGGGUGGUAGGUUCCUGUUGACAAUAAGUAAGGCACAACUCUCAUUCUAUUCAAAUACAUUUUGUGUGCCUUACUUAUUGUCAAUAGGACCCUACCACCCUAAACACUUUUUGUCUGACUUUGGAAGCUAAGACUUGGGACCCAUCUUCACUGACAUAUAAUCCAGUUUUUGGAUCCAGAUUAUCUGCUUUGAACUGGAUUGUAUGGCAGCGUAGACUCAUAAUCCAGUUCAAAGCAGAUAAUCUGGAUUCAGAAACUGAGUUACAACAUAUGAUAGUGUAGAUCCAGCCCUGGAUAGUACUUUAUUGAAAGACCAUCUCCAUGUAGGAUUAGGAAAAAAAAUCUGUCUGAAAUUUUUGAGCUACUGCCAGUCAGAAUACUGAGCUAGAUAGACUAAGAUUCUCACUCAGUUUAAGAAAGCAUCCUAUGUUUAUAUUUUGUUUUUAUGUCUUGUGUUUAUUCAAAUGACAAGCUACAACAACUUUCUAGUUUUUUCUCAGAUGGAUGCUUACAGUGUGUAUACUAAACUUGUUUUUCCCCCCUUAUAGAUUUUCAGUGCCUGUUAUUCCAUGUAGAAGUUCAGCUUUUGAAUAUCUGUCUGGUGUAGGGUUAAAGAGGUUCCUUGUUUAAAUUUUUGCUUAUCCUAAAGAAAGUGGACAAAAACAUUGGGAAGCUGACAAAUUUAUCAUAAAUCCAUAAAAUUUAAGAAUGGCCAUCUUGCAAUGCUUUGUUUAUUUUGUGUCCUCCCACAACCAUACAAAAUUUGCGUAAUGGACAACAUUUCUUAUUUUUUAAUCCUUCUGUUACUCGGCAGACUUGUUAAUUUUAAUUUAAGACAAUGAUUUACUAAAGAUAAACUGUAAAAAUAAAAUUAUUUUAGGAUAGCCUGAGACUUGGAACAAGCCUGAAUCUUUAUUGCUUUCAUUUAAGAUGGGCUCUAUUUUUGGUACAUUUAUUAUACAUUUUCAUUCUAAUGAACACUAUUUAAUUGUCCUAUAUAAACAAAAGAAAAGAAAAACUAUUUUAUGGGUUACAGUUAUUGAGUUUAUAUACUGCAAUAAUGAUAUAUACAACUGAAAUUGGCUUGCAUGCUAAGAGAAACGUAGGGGAUGUGUAUCUCAAGGUUAUUCCAUUUAUAAAAAUACAUUCAUUGUUCUGACUAAUUUAGAUGUACAGUAACUCUGUAACUGAAGCCUUUCAUCCCAACUGUAGGCUGGAUCCACAUCUGCAAAACAAUUUAUCCUUACCUCGAUCCAGUGCUGUUGGAGCAUUCCCCAUUUCAAAGUCAAAUUGCUUCUUUUAAUCUGUCAUGCAGUUUUUAAAAUAAAAAUACUUCUUUUUUGAUUCCAGAGUUUUGGGGUGGGGGUGGGGGAACGUGUGGCAAUACCCAUUAGAUUCAGGUUAUCAAGGGGGCUUAUGAUUCUAAUGGUGUAAAACCAGAGCAGGAUAGGGUAUACAGCAGCUGAAUUAUUUUGCAGGUAUGGUUGCAGCCAUAGUCAUAAGGUGGGAUUUGCUGAUCAGUGAGAUUAACUCUGUAUGCAAUAAAAUACAAAGUAAGGUGUGGGGCAGCUCCUCCUCAGGGUUGUAGACAGACUAGAGUCUAGGGAGUCUUUGGUGUGAAUGCACCAAGGGUCUCACCUUUUAUGAUUAUGCUCAGACACAACUCGGUCAAUUUGAAUAGAUGAAUAUUUUUUCUUAAAGAACAAGAACUGUUUCUGUUCAAGUGACGCACAUAUUCUUACUAGUGUUAAAAAAUCCCUUUAGUACUGAAUUAGAUCCAAAAAUAAUAUUAGCUAUAUGUCUACUGUUAUAAUAAAAGCAUUUUGUAAAUGUA